UUUGCCUUUCAGAGCAGCCCGGCGACGAUGUCCGUCAGCAGCCACGAGAACCGGAAAUCCCGCUCGAGCUCUGGCUCCAUGAACAUCCACCUCUUCCACAAGCCAGGCCAUGCCGACAGCCUGCUCACCCACCUGAACCUGCUCCGCAAGCGGCACCUCUUCACCGACGUGGUGCUGCGGGCGGGGAACCAGGCCUUCCACUGCCACCGGGCCGUGCUGGCCUCCUGCAGCCGCUACUUCGACGCGAUGUUCAGCGGGGGCCUGAAGGAGAGCAGAGACGCAGAAGUGAACUUCCACGACUCCCUGCACCCCGAGGUGUUGGAGCUGCUGCUGGACUAUGCCUACUCAGCCCGGGUGUUGAUUAACGAGGAGAUUUUUUUGCUGGAGGCCUGAAAUAUGUUGCAAUUCCAGGACAUUCGGGAUGCUUCGGCUGACUUUCUGGAGAAGAACCUCUAUCCUGGCAAUUGCUUGAACAUGCUGCUGCUGUCCGAUGCCCACUGCUGUGAAAGGCUGCUGGAGCUCUCCUGGAGAAUGGCACUAGCCAACUUCACCUCCCUCUGCAAGACCGAAGACUUCCUCAGGCUGCCCAAAGACAAGCUGCUUGAGCUGGUAGAAAGCGAAGAGCUGGAGGUAGAGGACGAGACUCUGGUAUAUGAAGCUGUUAUAGGCUGGAUCCGGUAUGAUUUGCCCCGACGUCAUGAAGAUCUGCCAGAGCUGCUGCGCUCUGUCCGGCUGGCCCUUCUGCCCGAGUCCUACCUGCGGAAGCAAGUGGCCUGCGAGAAGCUGGUGCCCAGCCACAAGCUGGGGGAGGAGAUUGUAGCUGAUGCAGUGCGAUGCAAAAUGAAGAUCCUGCAGAACGACGGGCUCGUGACUGGAUGCUGUGCCCGGCCCCGGAAGGUCAGCCAGGCCCUGAUGCUGCUUGGGGGCCAGACGUUUAUGUGCGACAAGAUUUAUAUGCUGGACCAUAAAACCAGCGAGAUCAUUCCUCGUGCCGACAUCCCAAGCCCUCGCAAAGAGUGCAGCGCCUGUGCGAUCGGGUGCAAAGUGUACAUCACGGGUGGCAAAGGCUCCGAGAACGGUGCCUCCAAAGACGUCUGGGUUUAUGACACCCUCCACGACGAGUGGGCAAAAGCCGCUCCCAUGCUGGUGGCACGGUUUGGCCACGGCUCCGCUGAACUGGACCACUGUCUCUACGUGGUCGGGGGUCACACAGCAGUGAGCGGUGCCUUCCCAGCCUCUCCCUCCGUCUCUCUCAAGCAAGUCGAACACUAUGACCCGCAGCUGGACAAGUGGUCCUUGGUGGCCCCUCUCCGAGAAGGCGUAAGCAACGCUGCUGUGGUGGGAGCCAAGAUGAAGCUGUUUGUUUUCGGGGGCACCAGCGCCAACCAGGAGAAGCUGCCCAAGGUGCAGUGCUUUGACCCCUGCCAGAACCGCUGGACAGUGCCCACCAGCUGUCCCCAGCCCUGGCGGUACACGGCUGCUGCUGUGGUGGGCAGCCACAUCAUUGUGAUCGGGGGGGACACAGAGUUCUCCGCCAGCUCUGCUUACCGUUUCCACAGCGACAGCUACCAGUGGUCCAAGUUUGGGGACGUGACCGCCAAGCGCAUCAGCUGCCGUGCUGUUACAUCAGGCAACAGACUGUACGUGGUGGGGGGCUACUGCGGGGCUCAGCGCUGCAAAACACUGGACUGCUACGACCCAUCAUCUGAGACCUGGAGCAGUGUCACGACGGUACCUUAUUCCCUCAUCCCCACGGCCUUCGUCAGCACUUGGAAGUACCUGUCUGCCUGAGCUACGGCGUUGCAGUCAAAGUACCUGGCAGGUUUCACAUCUGAUUUCACCUGUGUCUUGCUUCACCAAGGAUCCAGACAGAAGACAUGGGCAGUAAGAGUGCUCCCUUCUACCUAGCAAGCCUGUGAACUUCCAAGUCUGGAUGCCAGCCCUUGCAUGGAUCUUAUCAGCCUCAGAAGGGCUCAAGGCAACCCCAGCUUUGGCUUUGAACCGCUUUGGAAUGGGGUGGAGGGAGAGCUUGGAGAGGACCCCCGCCCCCUUGGACUGGCAGCUUGUGCUGUCCCCCGAGAUGGCAAGAGGUUUCCACAUUUCCUCCUAACUCAUGUGAUCUCAGAGCAGGAGCCAGAGGAAUACUUUUUAGUUCUUUCAUUUAAUCCUUUGCUUUGAAUUAUAUUUACCAGAAAGAACAAAGGAAGCUCCUAAGGGGCAGCCGGCUCUGGGCUGUGCUGCUGUCUGCGUAUCUGUGACUUGGAAUGCAGUCAGCACCAGAGGCAGUUGUCUGAAAUGUCUUAAGACUUGACAGUUACUUGCCCAUGGGCUGCUUCUGUAUAUUUUUUUAUACAGCAGUUGUGUGUGUUUAUUAUUCAGCCUGGAGCUGCUUCAAUAAAUCUGAAUAAGAUCUACCGUGUCCCUUGCCUGUUCUGUAUGCUCAAGCUGCAAAUUCUUCCAGCCCACACUUGAGAAAAUGUUUAGCAGAGGUAGCGAAAAGCACUCCCUGCUGCAGAGUCCAAACCUUAAUCUGCAGGAGGGAGGGGCUCAGCUCUUCCUAUACCUUUGCAACAGGGCUCAUGGAAAGCUCAGAUCCCAUAUUGCCUUCCUGCUUUGAAAGACGCACAAACCUGUUUCUCACAAGCUUGUCUCUGCUCUUACCUGGUCAUCCUCAGCAGGGCUGCUUUCCUCACUGUUAAAAGGAAUAGACAAAAGAGCUGCUACUUCUCUCCUAAAGAGCUGUGUGCUCCAGGCCCUGCUGCAGAUGAUAAGAUGAGCACAGCAGUGAGGAAAGAAGAGCCCUAUUAAAGGGGAGGAGUUAGAAGACAUAGGAACCAGCACAGUCACAAGAAACAGACGCUGAAGGUGCAAUCAAAUGUCUGUCCACAGAAAGCAUGGUUUAGGUGUGAGCCAUUAUUCAUUUUUGGACUGAGUUAAAGCAAUGACCAUCACAACCUUUCCCAGCUACUAGUAAAGGCAAGACUUGGCAAGACUGGAAGGAGGAAAACUGCCCUGUUGGUGGUGGCUGAAGCAGAUAAAAUGACUUCUUUUCCAUCCUGUUUUCUGAUGCCGCUGCCCUUUUCAGCCCCAGGCUGGGCCUCUUUUUUUCUAGUCACCCUUGCUGGGCCUCCUCUCCGUUACUUGCUGAGCCCAGCUAGAAGCUCAUUCAACAGGCUGCAGGGAGAGGAGCCCCCAGCUUGCCCUGCAAACCGAACCUGGAACCCCACAUGCAGCAGCUGGAGCUCCCAGCCUGAUGCCACACCCGCUUAGCUGCGCCUUAUGCACAAGGGCAGGCAGGCAAGUACACUCAUCGACCGCGGCCAAGAGCACAGACACAGAAUAGGACGGAGCUGGGACUAGAAGCCAGCAGGAAGCGUCUUCGUCCCAGUUAUCGAGCAGGAAGUUGCUUCCCCUUUUGAAAUCUGUGGCUAAUCUUGAGGGUCGGACAAAGUCCAACUUUCCCCAGCCAGUCAGAGGAGCCGAGGUUUCACUCAUGGCCAUCUGAGCAGCAGCUGUUUUGUUCAUGCUGCCAAGCAAUAAACGCUGGCUCUCAGCCACAUCCGGCUUUUGCGCCAGGGACAAAGUUGCUUCUAGCAACAUCAGGCCUCUGUCUGCCUCCUGUUCCUGAUGCUGGGAUGUUAUCUGAGCCCUGCUCACGGCAUUUUCAGCAGUGGUGGGGGAGCGAGCGUCCCUUCUGCUGAAGCCUUUGCAAGGAUCAGUGAAU